AUGGUGCCUGUGUGGACAGUCCCGAGUGGCCGUGUUAUCGCCUGCGACAUUGCACGUCGUUCCCGCGGCACCACCACCGUCGCACACGUCGCCGCCGGCGAGACAAGUACCUCCGCACCUUCGUCGCACAACUCUUCGCCUGAGCAGCAUCACUUCGCCAGCGUUUCGCAAUCCCCGGUUCCACCGUCGCUGGUAACUCCUGCGAGUACGCUCGCGAACAGCAGCAGCAGCAGCAUCGCGACGUCGUCGCUCGUGGCGGGCGCUCUGGGCUCCGCCGCUUAUCUCGCUCUGCGGAACGCCUUAUCACCGUCCGCAAUCCGCCCAGUCAUGGUUCCGCUAGACCCUCCCAGCGGAAUCGUUCCGCGCGCUACCAGCGCGGCACCAGCAGCUCUGGCAACAAUGGCAGCUACCUUCCCCCGAGCUGUGCAGGAGGAGGCGUUUCUGAGGGCGGUGGCAACUGAGCUGAGCAAGCUGGGCUUUAAGAGGACCAACAGCAUCGCUCUGGUGAACACAUGUCGAGACGAGGUGUGCCGUCCAGUGGUGAGCCUGAUCGACCGCCAGUUUGGCCUCUCCUUCAACCUCUCGGGCCUGGGAGGGCUCGUGAACUGCGGCAAGACGGGCUUUAAGGCUGCCAUGUCACACUCUCCAGAGUUCAGAGAGCCUGACGGGACUCUGCGUGAGAGAUACAUAUUCUUCGCCUUCCCCCACGUGUCCAUUGGCGAGUCAGGAGAGGUGGGCUCGUUGUUGCGGCGAGGCAGGGGGCGGCCGUCAAGUGCGUGCGGCGCGCUGAUUGCCAUUCAAACCGACCUGAAUGAGGCUAAGGGGACGACUGAAGAUCCUUUUGACGAGGAAUACGUGCUGCUCAAGAAGAAGGUCGCAAGCAAGGUGGCCAAUGGGGACCCACCUUUGUCACUAGUACAGGUCACCCGGGCGGCACUAGCUGCUAUUAACGAGGACCUGGAGAAGCUUAUAUCGCUUACAGUGGAUCCUGCUACCGCUGACUAUGCUGUCGUUACAGGUGUCCAGAUACACUCUGGAAAUCAGGUUCCAGGGGAGCCGUUCCGGAUUGAGCGCACAUGCGAUUACAUAGCGCCUGAUCUUAUGUACACGGUUGUCCGAGGAGAGCGAUACGACCUUCAGUUGGAGGGAAACAGGCCAAGGAUUGCGGCAGAGGGUCUUGCUGCAAGCAUCUGA